CCAGGGUUAAGAUGAAGCACAAACAAACAGGCAGGGUAAAGGUGAGGCUGGAACUACGCCUGUAAAAUUUGAGAAAGUUAAACAGAAAAUGACUGAAUGAUAAACCAGUGAGAGGCUGAUUCGCUUCAUUUCAACCUACUAGAAACAAAAUGUUCCGGCAGAAGCUUUUAAUUUGGUGAAUUCUUAAGAAUAAAUGUGCUUCCUCCAAUAAAAUACAACUAAGAACUGUGUCUUAAAGACAAUUAACUCUCGUUUCUGCGACACAAACUUCCAGCUGCUGCUGCAGAGCGACACUUCAGAACUGAAAAUGUGUGACAGUUUUAUUUAGAGAAGUCCUUCCACGCAGGAUUUGAGUUGAUGAGCAGCUUAAGGAUUUGGUAAUUACUCGCCAGCCAGUCGAUCAUCAAGCUGCAAGCAGAGGCAGACAAAUGAGGCUAAAAAGGAUUAAAGAAAUCCCCUUAUGCUGCUUUUUGUUUUCCAGGAUUUCCGCUGUUUGAAAUGAUUUGCUUAUAAAGAAAAAAAGGAGGGGGGGCAGUAUUUUCCUUUUCUGUUUAAAUGUAUUUAUUUUUUCAGACAUUUACUAGUUAGUACUUUUAUUGCGUAAAUAUUUCAAUCAUUUUGUACUUGAGCAGCUCCAACACAGCACAUUUCAUCUUUAUAUAUUUAACACAGGCCUCUGGCUUUCUUACUUUGGCUGUUUCUGUCCUCGUCUCCUCUAUUUAUCAAGUUCUAAACAAGGUUAUCUAAUCAACUUGACUUUUAUUUUGAAGCAGUCGCUCCCUGCUGUGUGCUGGUUUCCUGUCAGCCCUUGUUCACACCUGAUUUGAGUUUGUGUGUCGUCAAAACUGCUUCUUGCUUGUCGCUACUUUUCUCAGGAUCAUCUUAAAGGGUCUGAAAAACUAGAUUGUAAAUCUGAAAAAAAAGUGAAAAUUUGAACCGUUUUCAGAAUUUCACAGGGUAAAACUUGAAGAAAAUGUUAAAAAAGAGAAAGUUAGCUUUUUAGUUCUCGUUUGGUAAUGUAACUGAACCUUUUACGUGUGUGGCAGCUCAAACUACAGCUUUACAAAAAUGUGCUUCAAAUUUUGGUUCAGACAGUUGAUGAAGCUGCAGUUUUAUCAUAAAUGGAGAUUUUCUUUCUGCUCCCAUUGACCCACAUGUCCUCCAUCGUCUUGAAGGUUUCCUGGAUUACAAGACAUUCAUCCCAUCAAACACCCCCCCUUCAAACCUUUUUUGGGUCCCCAAACCGGACUUGAAGCACUAGCGGAGCCCUCUUGGGUGGUCCGUGUCCAUGGAGGGUCGUAGAGAGGGGCAGCUGCAUCUUAAGAAGAGCUAAAGUCUGUUUUGAAGUUCUGUUGCGGCUAGAACGGGACGUCGUGAAAAUGGUAUUGUCGUGCCUAAGAGAUGGUGCCGGUUAAAGUGCGUCUGACAGACUCUCACCACAAACGGCCAAAUCUCUUCCCAUCUUCCAGCAGCUGAGACCUUCACAGACGGCCAUCGCACUCAGAGUCUAGGCUGUCUGGAGGAACGCAGAACUCAGGAUGUGGUUCAUCCACCUGCGGAGGCACCUCGAGUCUCAUCCAGCAAUCUAACCCACGAUCGCAGCCAGGCGUGCAAACGUUCUACAAAACCUGGACCAAACGAGCUGCAGUUCAUUCUCCUCGACUCAAACCAAAGCUGACUGAAUUGAGGUCAAAAUGACUGUGGGGCGUUUGCAACCCAUUUUAAAUUCCUCUUCAGCUGAAAGCAGCCAAUCAGAGGAGCUGACGUUAACAAGAAGCAGUGCUUCAUUGCUGUGAAGGUGGUGCAGCCCUACAGGGUGGAGAGCACCAACGGCACUGCACGGAUCCGGUGUACCUUCCACCCGGAGAUGAACCUAGAAGAUCUCAGAGUGACUCUGCUCAGAGGUCUCCACGGCCAUCAGGAGCUCUGCUCCUUCUUCCUUAACCUCACAGGCCAAACGGAGACUCAUGGAGGGAGACCAGGACAGGUGCAGUGCUCAGGUCAAACUGCAGAUGGCGCAGUGGAGGUCACCCUGUCUGAUCUGAAAGCUGCAGACACAGACGUCUACCGCUGCAAGAUUCAAACCUUCUACCCGCCUCCGUACCUGCAGCUCACUGGAAACGGCACGCUCAUCCAUGUGAUAGAGCAUCCGGACUGUCCUUCUGUGAAUGCACAGAGACGGCAUGAGGAGGGGGAGAAGGAGGCGACGCUGGCAGCAGCCAGCACUCCUGUGGCUGUUCUGGUGACGGUGAUCAUCUGCGUCCUAGUGAUCAUCAUCUACCUUCAGAUUCUUCAGUGUGAGCGAAACAGGAGGGAGGUGGUGAGGAAACCGCUGCCUUUUGUUCAUCACAGACCCAAUCCAAGCUCAUUUCUGACCAAGAGCAUUGUAUGAGCAUUCACAAACCGGUGCACGUGUGCACACUUAUGUACUUGUCAAGUACCAAAUCCUGUUUACAUUCUGGUAAACACAUGUUGUAUUGAAGCUGCAGCUUUGUUCAGGUGGGAGUACCAUGUACAGAUUUAUCACUCAUACUGAGAUGGAUCAGAUUAUUGAUCUCAAUGAAGUAGGAAACUUGUUCAUCAGAACUGCUUUUGAUCAUGUAAUUAUGUAGCAUUUCUUGAAAAUAAAGUGGAAAUAUCUUUA